GCACAGUGUGACUGGAGUGAAAUUGGCACUUAGUGGUAUCAUUUCUGUGUUGGGCAAAUAGUUCUUUGGGAUACCAUUAACAUGAAAUAAAGCAGGUUUAUGUAAGAUGAUGGGGAAAAAUGCAACCAUUGUGAGCUACCUUCCAGAAUUUAUGCUAGAGCUUCACUGACGUUGCUGCUGAUGCCAAUGUGGAAUAAAGUAUCUGGAGUCCAUCUUUCUCCAGCUUCUCCUGAGAUUGUAUUGGACCAUGACCACACUUCCCCUUCAGUUGGCUGCCUCUCUUCUGAGCCCAUUAUUGCAUCACCAGAGAAUACACAUGCAGAUAACAGCAUUGGCAGUCAGACUCUUCCUAAAGCACAGAUUCAGCAAUCAACACACACUCAUCUGGAUAUCUCACUUUUUCCACUGGGUUUAACUGAUGAGAAAAGUAAUGGAACAAUUGCUCUUGUGGAUGAUUCUGAGGAUCCUGGAGCCAAUGUAUCAAACAUACAGCUUCAGCAGAAAAUUUCCACUCUGGAGAUGAAACUCAAAGUUUCUGAAGAAGAAAAACAUAGAAUUAAAAAGGAUGUGGAAUCAUUGAUGGAGAAACAUAGUAUCUUAGAAAAAGAUUUCCUUAAAGAAAAAGAGCAAGAGGCCAUUUCUUUUCAAGAUAGAUACAAAGAACUUCAGGAAAAGCAUAAACAAGAAUUGGAAGAUAUGAGGAAAGCGGGACAUGAAGCCCUCAGCAUUAUAGUGGAUGAAUAUAAGGCACUACUACAGUCUUCAGUUAAGCAACAAGUAGAAGCUAUUGAAAAGCAGUACAUUUCUGCAAUUGAGAAACAAGCUCACAAGUGUGAAGAGUUGUUAAAUACUCAGCAUCAGAGGCUCCUUGAAAUGCUUGACACAGAGAAGGAACUGUUAAAAGAAAAAAUAAAGGAAGCUUUGGCUCAGCAAUCUCAAGAACAGAAGGAAAUAUUGGAAAAAUGUUUGGAGGAAGAAAGGCAAAAAAAUAAAGAAGCAUUAAUAUCUGCUGCAAAGCUUGAGAAAGAAGUGGUGAAGGAUGCAGUUUUAAAAGCUAUAGAAGAAGAAAGAAAACAUUUGGAAAAUGUCCAUGCUGAAGAAAGGGAGCUCUGGAAGACUGAGCACGCAAAAGAUCAAGAGGAAGUGUCUCAGGCAAUUCAAAAAGCUGUACAAGAGCAGAGAGAAAUUAGUCAGGAAACAGUUAAGGCAGCAAUAAUAGAAGAGCAGAAACGAAGUGAAAAGGCUGUGGAAGAGGCAGUGAAGAGAACAAGAGAUGAACUGAUAGAGUAUGUAAAGGAACAGAAAAGGGUACGUAUCCCCUGGAGGGCUUUAAUUUGUUCUUCCAUAAACUGAAGCAUUGGCUUCCAUACAAUGACAUGAAAUUAUAAAGUAUUUAAAACAUCCUUUUUCAUCUUUUAGGAAUCUUCAUCUAAUAUUUUUUUCUGGUAUAAGUAUAUAUUCUAAUAGUUACAUCUGUAAACAUAAAUUCCAUUUGUUAACAAAAAAAGCACUGAAUAAUUUCCUGCUGGAUUCCCAGAAAUGACCUAUUUUCAAUUUGACUUUACACUUAAAAAGAAAGUAGACAGGUAUAGAUUUUUAAAGUUUUUGCCAUAAGUUUGUUAUUUCUUGUGUAAUGGUUGUCGAAAUUUGAAUGCACUCUUUAGGCCUUUGGACUAGGUUAACACCACUGUGGUUCUAAUAGAUUUUAUUACAGUCAUCAAAUUAGGGCUCUUCUGCCAUAGUUCCAUUUUGAGAACAAAAUUCAGAAUAUGCUUGUCAGAAUUUAUAAUGCAUAUUGAAGCUUUACAAAAUGAAUGUCAUUUUGGUACAGUGUAGUUUUAUUAAUUUGUAAGUCUGAGCAGUGGCUGAAAAUAAUGUAUUUAAUAAUAGCUUAAUUUGUAGACUUUUCAACAAAUCUUUAAUUUUUUUAGUAUCCAGGAUGAGAAACACUUAGGAUGAGUUGUUUAAUGGUAAUCUCUGUAAUAAGCAUGUUAAAUUACAGUAUAUUAUAUAAUAAAUUAUAUGGUGAAUUCUCACACACUAUUUUAUGUCUUAUUUGUGUGUUUAGUGUAACAUAAAGUAUUAAAAGACUAUAUAUUAUACAAUAUAUGGUAUUAUAUAACAAUAAAAUUAUAAAUAAAGCAUAAAACAUAGAAAUAAAAGAUUACUCUUCAGUUGGCAGUUAAAUAGAAGAGUAUUGACACUCCUAGGAGUUUCAUAAGAACUCAUGAUACCACUUUAGUUCCAUACUCUUAAUUUAAAAUCAAUUUUGGUAUGAUAUAAAGAAAAUUCUUACUCCUCAAUAGUUACCAUUAGGUUUCAACAAAGAGUUUGUCAGCACAGCAAAAAAAAAAAAAAAA